AUGGUGAGAAGUACUGCUCAACUCACGCCCAUUCGGUUUACCGGGCAGGAGUGGGCCGAUCUGAAUGGGUUGGUCCUUUCUCGGAGUCAGAUGAUAGAACAUGGACUGCGCGUGGAAAACUUCAACACCCAGGAGCUUGCGCAACUGCGACGCUGCCUUCUGUGCCGACAUCGAAUUAAACGCAGGAAGGUCCUUUUCGAUGGCAAUGGACUUGAGAUUGAUUCUGACGAGUCUGCAAACGCGCAGUCUGCUCCUAAUCACACGAAUAUCAUUACACAAAAGACCGCAUUCAACCUUCAAAUGGCAGAGGACUUAGAGUGGGCCUUGCUUGUUCGCCAGCGUCUGGUCUUUCUGGAAGAUGCUGAUCAAGGCACUACGGAGGGCACCAAAAAGGCAAGCAAGAAAGAAGAUUCCGUGGAACUCCCCAAAAGUGUGUCUAGCUAUUAUUUACGCCCGUUCUACGUUCUUCCUGACUUGGAGUGCAUUUUUGACUACUCAAAGUUCACAAUCCUGACCGCUGACGACCCGAUUUGGCAUCGACUGGGGCCGGAUGGCAAGUUGCUUCAUUAUCGAAGCCGGAUCCAGCUGAGUAUCGAGACUGGCGAAGUCAGUUAUUACUCAGUCAAGGUUACAGAAGGAGAGUUUCAGGAAUAUCUCCGGAAUCAUCAGUACCGCCAGGAAGAUGUCACCAAGAAGGGACGCUGUCAAAGCCACCCAGGAGAUUUCUCCAAAGGAUUCACCUGUUGCAACCAAGGCGUCUUCAGCAAAGGCUGUUCCGAGUUUCCACAUCACGUUUACAACCAGACGCCUGGGCAGCUCUGGAAAGACUUUCACUUACAUGAAACCCCAGCGCGCUGCAACACACCCCGCCGAUGCAUUGUCCUUGACUGCGAGAUGGGUGUAGCUAACACCGGCGAACCCGAGCUAGUCCGCAUCACCGCAAUCGACUAUUUCAGUGGUGAGACGUUGAUGGACUCCCUGGUAUUCCCACAGGUCAAGAUGUGGCAUCUUAACAAAAGGUUCUCGGGGGUGGACUGGCCAAUGCUUCACAAAGCUCGCAAGGCAGGACGGAUCAUUAAUGGGCGCGACGCUGCUCGCCGCCAACUAUGGAAAUUUGUCGGAAGAGAUACUAUCGUUAUCGUGCAUGGUGGCCAUAACGACUUCCUUUGUCUCCGUUGGAUUCACUGCAAGGUCAUUGAUACCAUGGAUUGCGAGAGUCGCCUCGCAGAGCCGGCUAAAUCGCCAGGUCUGAAGAACCUCACGAAGGCUCACCUGGGUCGCGAGAUUCAGAAAGGCCGGGGUGGUCAUGACAGUCUUGAAGACGCCCAAGCGACCCGAGAUCUGGCAGUUUGGUAUGUGCAGAACCUGCCUGCCAGUGCGAAGGUCCAGGCACAGAGCUAA